CGACAUCCGGCGGAAGUAAAACACAAUGCGCUAACAACGUUAGCUUACAAGUUUCUUUGUGUUUAUCGUCGGUUAAAAAACGAUGUUUGCUUUGUUGGCUUAAUAUUUCAGUGUCUACAGUAAAAUAUAUUUGGUUAAUGAUCUGAGAGAAUUCAUCAGAGAUCGACUAACUGCUGCUGCUGGGGAAAUAUUCAUCAAUAUCGAUCCUCAGCUCAUACUGCUGGAUACAACUGGAAACUCCAAGUCAUCUCGGAACCUCCCGGUUUUCCACGGCAUCAUGUCUGUUACUUCAGAGGUUCCAGUUGAUGAUCUUCUCAUAAACAAAGAGAGACGGAUAAAAGAGGAAGAGGAGGAACCAGAACCACGGCCAAAUAGAGCGGAAAAAAUCCACCUGUGGGUCGUUGAGGAUGACGGACAGCUCAUCUUACAGCGGGAGACCAGCACCUCCACAGCAACUGGUGUUGAUGAGGAAAUGAGCCACAGUGAACCAGAACUGGAGCAGAUGAUGGAGACAAAAGAGGAACCAGAACCUGUAGAGAUUAAAAAGGAACCAGAAGAUCCAGAACCUGCGAGGAUUAAAGAGGAAGAGGAGGACUACAAUCAGGUUAAAUAUCAUCUUGUAGUGAAGGAAGAGCCUGAAUCCUUUAUGGUGACUCCAACUAAUGAUCAAAAUCAUAACAGUGAACCAGAACCAGACAAGAACCAGCCUGAAGAUGGAAGCAACCAGAACGACUCAGCAUCCAGUAGAAAUCACGGCGACAAUGUGGACAAUUCAGAACUUCCAGGGCAAAAAUCUGAUUUCCACCAGUGUAACAUUUGUGGUAAACGUUUCACUAAGCCUUACUACUUAACUGCUCACUUGAAAACCCACAUGAAGGAUAAGCCGUAUUGUAAAAUAUGUGAUAAAUAUUUUACCAGGCGAUCGUACUUGACGGUUCACAUGAGGAACCACUCAGAUGGACCCGUACAGAAACUAUUUCCUUGUGAGCUUUGUGAAAAGUCUUUCAAACGGAAUAGUCAUUUAGCUUCUCACCUCAGAACUCACACAGGUGAAAAGCAGCUGCCUUGUAAUAUGUGUGAUAAAUCUUUUACAAAGAGAAGUAAUUUAUUAUCUCAUCUCAGAACUCACACAGGUGAGCAGCCAUAUCAUUGUGAACUUUGCGAUAGAUCUUUUAAACAUGGUAGUAAUUUAUUGCGUCACCUCAGAACUCACACAGGGGAGAAGCCAUACCUUUGUGAACUGUGUGACAGAUCUUUCACACAGAAAGCCUGUUUAGACGAUCACCUGAGAACUCACACCCGGGAGAGACCGUUUAGCUGUGGGUCCUGUGAUAAAUCUUUCAUACAUCAUAGUGAUCUGACCUGCCAUAUGAGAAUUCACACAGGUGAGAAACCAUAUUCUUGUAAGCAGUGUGAUCAAACUUUCAGAUGGAGAAAAAGUUUAGUUCUUCACCUUAAAACUCAUACAGAUGCGACUGACAAGAAACCUUAGCUAGCUGCUGCUAAACAGUCGGUACUUGCUAACUCUGCUAGCAGUGUCCACCCAUUAAUCCUCUGGUUGUUUGUGAAGGAAUUAGCAGCUUUGUAAUAAUGUGAGAAAAAGUGAACAAACGGCGAAUCUGAUUGGAUCCAUGUACAUAGUGUAAAAAAUAAUGUUAGAACAAAAUGAUCUGUGAUUCUUUUCCCAGUGGGAUCAUUUCUGAGCAGCCUUAAAAGAACCUGGUGGAGCUGGUUUUUCAACCAUAGAUACACACUAAAUGAUUCAUCAGGAUUUGGAGCAGCUUUUUAAAUCAAGGUUAAAAUGCCAUUUGUUUAGAAUUGUGUUUUAUUAAUACAAACUGGAAAAGAGAUUUUUUUUGUUUUUAUUACAAUAUUUUUGUGAUUUUGAUGAAGAUGUAUAAUGUUUGUUUUCAUUGUGUAAAGAAUCCUGACCUGCCUUCCCUUUUCUUGCUUCAUUUUUAUAUGGGAUUUAAAAUCGAGCUGAAUUUCUUUUAAAGAGUAAAAGUA